AUGGCAGUCAUCAAGGCAUUUGUCGUGUUUUCAACACUCAUAUCGCUUCAUCUCCUAGUGGCGCCUUACACCAAGGUCGAGGAGAGCUUCCACAUCCAGGCUGUGCAUGACAUCUUUAUCAACGGCCUACCUAGCUUCCCAGGCUUCGGUGGUGCCAACAACACUAGCAUCGCUAAAGAUGCCUAUGAUCAUUUUCAAUUCCCCGGCGCCGUGCCCCGAACAGCCAUUGGCGCUGCUGUGCUCGCCAAGCUGCUCAGCGUCCUGCCCGAGGGCUGGGUGGUGAACGGGGCGGACCAGCAAUUCCUGGCUCGAUUAAUUCUGGGCUUAUUCAAUGCCUUGUCCCUGACUGUGUACACCCACGGCCUACAGCGCAGCUUCGGCCGCGUCGUCGCGACCUGGUACACGGUCCUACAAGCCAGCCAGUUCCAUCUCAUCUUCUACGCCUCACGGCCCUUGUCGAACACAUUCGCCUUCGGAUUAACCACGCUAGCCUUGCGCUUCCUCCUCCCCAGCGCAGGAGGCUCUGCGCCCCCGCCGCGCUCCUCGUCCCGUCUGGCGCUGUUCCUUCUCACCGUCGCAGGGGUGAUCUUCCGCUCCGAGCUAGCUCUCCUCGUCGCCGCGCAAACAGUCUUCAUGCUCCUAACGGACCAGAUUAGUCUCAUCCCCGACGCUAUCCCCGCUGGCCUGGCCGGGUUACUCGUCGGCGUGGGCGCAUCAGUGGCAGUCGACUCAGCAUUCUGGCAACGUCUCGUCUGGCCGGAACUCAAUGCGUUCUUGUUCAAUGUGGUCUCAGGCCAGUCAUCAAAAUGGGGCACGCAGCCAUUCUACUUCUACUUCUUCGCCCUCAUGCGCCUCCUCCUCAACCCGCUGACCUACCUACUCUCCAUCCCCGUCUCCCUACGCCAGCCCGCAACUAAGCGCUCCGCAGCGGCCCUUCUCGUGCCCUCGCUAGUCUUUGUCGCGCUGUACAGCGCCCAACCGCACAAGGAGUGGCGCUUUAUCGUCUACGCUGUGCCUCCGCUAACGGCCUCCGCGGCCCUGGGCGCUGCAUAUCUGUGGAAUCACCAGGCGCGCUCGUGGUUCAAUCGCAUCGCUGCAUGGGCCAUGGUAGCUGCUACGGUAGCGUCGUUCUGCACGUCGACGUUCGUACUCCUCCCCGCCUCCGCGGUGAACUAUCCAGGCGGAUAUGCGCUACGUCUCCUCCAUGAAUCUCAGGAGAACUCUACUUCACCCAACAACGCAACCGUCUACCUAGGCAACCUCGCCUGCCAAACAGGUGCAACGCGCUUCCUCCAGCGCCCUGACUGGAUCUACGACAAAACAGAAGACUCAGCCGCCAAGUCCACCCCCGCCUUCUGGGAGACCUUCGACUACAUCCUCGUCGAAGCAAGCAGCGACGAAUCCUACCGCGACGCAGACGAGACGCUCCUGCGCGCUGCGCUCCCAUCUGCGCAGUGGGCCACUGUCGCUGUUGCGGAGGGGUUCGCUGGCGUUGAGCUUCUAAGGCCGGAGGACCUUGCUAAGGGUGCGGUGGAGGGGAGAGUGCUCCGUGAUCUGAUGGGGGAAUCGGCUGUCGCGUUUUACGAGAUUUUGCGGGAAAUGGCUAGGACGAUGGUUUUGUGGGGGUGGUGGGUUGAGUUGAAGGUGAGGCCGAGGGUUAAGGUGUUGAUGCGGGUGAGAUAG